AUGUCCAGCACCUACCUCCAAAACCACGCGCUCUCUUGCGAGAUCGAGCUGGUCCGCAACGAACCCAAUAUCCCCUGGAACGCCGUCAUCCUCGGCGUCUGGAACAGCAUCCUCAGCCUCAUAUUUCCCGUGCAAGAGGGCUACCUCAUCACCCCUCGCGAACACGGAUGGUUCAACGAACGGGAAUUCUGGUACGAUCUGCAGGUCCGGCACAUCACCGACCACAAACGCCAGCCCUUCCUGGUCGUCAUCUGCCGCACUGCCCCCGAACCGUCUGAUUUGACUGCAGGGCUGGCUCGCUGGACAGACCACCUGGAACUCUACAUGGAUUCGAUCUUCGGCAAACGUCGUCGUCCUGGUCGUGCAGGCCGUGUAUUCGGUAUCAUCGCCAAUGUCCGAAAUGCUACCUUCUUCUCCUACGACAUUGGCGAUGAUAUUCCUCUCUUGAUCUUCCGUGAACACGAUAUCGAAGACCUUCCAGCCUUCCAUUUGGUUCAGGAUCAUGAAAGGAUUCAGAACCUCCUCACCACCAUCCGGCGCCAACACCAUUAG